CAAAAAAGGCAGCAGUAUAUAAACAUGAUCUGCUGCAGCAAAAUGAGAACAGUCUCUGGAGAAACAGGGGAUGGGAUGAACGCAGAACACACGUGAUGAAACUUGUUUCUUCUCUCCUCUCAUAAGCUGUCUUCCUAUUUCUUUUGUCUUCAUGCAAUCAUUCUAAGAACCAGAGUGUUACCAGACAAGCAUCACCGUCCUCAUCUCUCUCUCUCUCUCUCUCUCUCUCUCUCUCUCUCUCUUAUUUUUUUCCGUUUUUUAUAGCACCCUGCUUUUCUCUUGUUUGUUUUUGGCUCCACGCUCCGCUUUUCCCGUUUUCUGCGUGAGUUACACUAGGGAGUGAGUGAGUACAGCUUUCAUCGCUAGUCGCCAUGCUAAUCUUUGAAUUUUAAAAGACUGGGCAAGCUCUCUCCCCUCAUCCUCCGGUUUCGAUCUCUUAUAUAUAAGCUCCGGUAGCUCAGAGACGGAGAAGAAGAAGAAGAAGAAGAAGAAGAAGAAGAUGGGGGCCUCGAAGUCUCUAGCUGCGAUUGUUCUGGUUCUGUUUCUGGGCUUCUGCCGCGUGUCGCCGGCAGCACUCCCUGAUGAUCAGAAGGAGAAGCAGAGGACGACCUACAUCGUUCACAUGGCCAAACGACAAAUGCCGGCCAUUUUCCAAGAGCACACUCACUGGUACGACUCCUCCCUCAAAUCGGUGUCCCCAUCCGCCGAAAUGCUCUACACCUACAACACCGUUGUUCAUGGUUUUUCGACCCGACUAACCACCGACGAGGCUCGAUCCUUGGAGGCUCGACCCGGAAUCCUCUCCGUCUUGCCGGAGUUAAGAUACGAGCUUCACACCACUCGGACGCCCGCAUUUCUAGGGCUCGACAAGAGCGCCGAUCUGCUGCCCGAGUCCAACUCUGCGGGCGAAGUGAUCGUCGGAGUAUUAGAUACCGGCGUUUGGCCGGAGAGCAAGAGCUUCGACGACAACGGGCUUGGUCCCGUCCCCGCCAACUGGAAGGGAGAGUGCGAGGUAGGAACAAACUUCAGUGCCUCCAACUGUAACCGUAAAUUAAUCGGAGCUAGGUACUUCUCCAGAGGCUACGAGGCCAUACUGGGCCCCAUAGACGAAACGAAGGAAUCGAAAUCGCCGAGAGACGACGACGGCCACGGCACUCACACGGCAACGACAGCCGCCGGGUCAGUGGUCGAAGGAGCGAGCCUUUUCGGUUUCGCAGCGGGAACGGCGCGUGGGAUGGCGACGAGAGCUAAAGUCGCCGUCUACAAGGUUUGCUGGAUCGGUGGGUGUUUCAGCUCCGACAUACUGGCCGCCAUGGACAGGGCCGUGGAAGACAACGUUAACGUUCUCUCGAUGUCGCUCGGCGGCGGUAUGUCCGAUUUCUACAAAGACAGUGUGGCCAUUGGAGCUUUCGCCGCCAUGGAGAAGGGUAUUCUCAUCUCCUGCUCCGCCGGAAAUUCGGGUCCCAGUCCGUAUAGCCUCUCCAACGUGGCUCCGUGGAUCACGACCGUCGGUGCGGGGACCCUGGACCGUGACUUCCCGGCGCACGUUAGCCUUGGCAACGGCCAGAACUAUUCCGGCGUUUCGCUGUACAAAGGAAACUCACUGCCGAAUUCGAUGCUGCCCUUCGUGUACGCCGCCAAUGCGAGUAAUUCCACGAAUGGAAAUUUGUGCUUGAUGGACACUUUGAUCCCUGAAAAAGUCGCCGGGAAAAUUGUGCUCUGCGAUCGGGGGAUGAAUGCCAGGGUGCAGAAGGGCGUGGAGGUGAAAGCAGCCGGUGGGUUGGGGAUGGUUUUGGCCAACACCGCUGCGAACGGCGAGGAGCUGGUGGCGGACGCCCAUAUGCUGCCGGCGACGGCAGUGGGUGAGAAAGCCGGCGACUUUUUAAAGAAAUAUCUUUUUUCGGAAACCCACCCGACCGUGAAAAUACUCUUCGAAGGGACGAAGGUGGGGAUUCAGCCGUCGCCGGUGGUGGCUGCGUUUAGCUCGAGGGGGCCCAGCUCCAUCAUUCCGGGCGUACUGAAACCGGACAUGAUCGCUCCAGGUGUCAACAUCUUAGCCGGCUGGUCCGGAGCGGUGGGUCCUACUGGACUGUCCACGGACCGCCGGCACGUGCAGUUCAACAUCAUCUCGGGCACCUCCAUGUCGUGCCCUCACGUGAGCGGACUCGCGGCGUUGCUUAAGGCGGCGCAUCCCGACUGGAGCCCCGCCGCCGUCCGCUCUGCCCUCAUGACCACCGCCUACACCGUAUACAAAAAUGGUCAGAAGAUGGAAGACAGUGCCACGGCAAAACCAUCCACGCCGUUCGAUCACGGCGCCGGCCACGUGAACCCCGUAUCGGCCCUCAAUCCCGGACUCGUCUACGAUUUGACGGUGGACGAUUACCUUGGUUUCCUCUGCGCGUUGAACUACACGGCGUCUCAGAUCAGCACCCUCGCGAAGCGAAACUUCACUUGCGACGCGAGUAAGAAAUACGACGUGGGCGAUCUCAAUUACCCUUCUUUUGCGGUGCCGUUUCAGAGCGUGCAAGCUGAUGGGAAGACCACCGUGGUUAAGCACACGCGCACUCUUACUAACGUGGGCUCAACGGCGACUUACAAAGUCUCCAUUUCAUCGGAGACAAAGUCGGUGAAGAUAUCGGUGGUGCCGGAAUUAUUGGUUUUCUCCAAAUUGAAUGAGAAGAAGUCAUAUACGGUUACGUUCACUGCGAUGUCUAUGCCGGCGAACACCAACGGCUUUGCCCGGAUAGAGUGGUCGGACGGAAAGCAUGUAGUUGGAAGUCCGGUGGCAUUCAGCUGGACAUAAUAAUUGACUGCGUCAUUAAUGACUUGAUGUGUUCUCUAAAAAAAUCACUCUGGAAACAAAGGAGUGGUAGCCCAGCUGCUUAAUUUCAAACUUGGGUAAUGUUUGUUUUCCAGCGAGCAAAGAAAGCUGGUUAAUUUUAGUUUUUGAAUUUGUUCUCUGGGGGAGAAAGAACGGAGAAUUAUUUAUAUAUUUAUAUAAUUAUAAACCAGGAAAAUUAAAGAAA